UACAGCACAGUUCUGGAGGUGGUGCGCAUGCGCACGCGUCGUAACCGCAGCAGCAGCAGCUCCGGCAACGUGGUCAUGUGACGCUCGCAUUUCCGACACAACAAUACAACACAAAUACUCGUCUGAAGCAAGCGCUCCUCUCGCUCUCUCCCCUCCCUCCGUGCCUGGCUCUCGCUCUCUUUUUCGCUCUCUCUCGGCAUGGCGGACGGCGAGAGGUCCCCGCUCCUGUCGGAUCUGGGUGACGGCGCUCUCGGCAGCGGCAACGGUGGCCUGUCGCCCGGCGCAGCGCCCUACGGUGUGGCCGGCAAGCCGCAGAGCUUCCCACCAUUCCCUAGCCCCACGCAGCCGUCGGUACUUCUGGGCGAGGACCCGCCUCCGUACUCGCCCCUCACCUCACCCGAGAGCGGCAGCGCACCAGUCAUCAGCUGCCGCGUGUGCCAGAGUCUCAUCUCAGUGGAGGGAAAAAUCCACCAGCACGUGGUCAAGUGCGGUGUGUGUAACGAGGCCACACCCAUCAAGAAUGCUCCAGCCGGAAAGAAGUACGUACGCUGUCCCUGUAACUGUCUGCUCAUCUGCAAGGUCACCUCCCAGCGAAUCGCGUGCCCCAGGCCCUACUGUAAGCGAAUAAUCAACCUGGGUCCGGUUCAUCCUGGUCCGGCCAGUCCUGACCCCCAGCCCGCCGGGGCCCGCGUCUCCUGCGGACAUUGCAGCAACACCUUCCUGUGGACAGAGUUCACGGACCGCACGCUUGCCAGGUGUCCACACUGCAGGAAAGUGUCCUCCAUUGGUCAGCGGUAUCCCAGGAGGCGGAGCAUGUGGUGUUUUCUGCUCUGCUUGCUGUUCUGCAUCUCCACUGCUGGCCUGAUUGCUGGCACGUGGCUGAAGGCCGAGACCUACCCUGGUAUUUAUGCCUCGUGGGCCGUUCUUCUGCUCCUGGUGUUGGUGACCCUGGUGCGGGCCUUCUACUGGGUCUGCAUGCGUGUCAGCCAGCCUCUCCAGAGUUUCACAUAAAGCCCCUGCCCUCAAGUCCCCCCUCCCCUACCUACUUUCCUCCAAACAGUUCUCUGAGUGGCCAGGCCGGAGGAUGAAUUGCUUUAAAAACAAGAUAAGAAAUAUUUAUUUCACUAUUCUGGUGGUGUGGCUACUUCUGUAUUCAUUUUUAUUCCAUCUACCCGCCCUCUGUCACCUUUGUUGUUUCCGCACCUCGAAUGAAGCAUUUAACAUGUUUUUAAACCGGCGACAUUCCCACUGCCGCUGUCUUUGUGAAGUAAAAGGAUGAAGGAAGCAAUUGAAAUGUUUCGACGCGUGUGAAGGUACACCGCCGCCUGCGAAUAUUCCCCAUCCCCCUGGGGAGCGACUUUGAUCCUGAAAAAUCAACGCUAAUGGAAGGAAUUUUGAGCAUACACAAAACAUUUUGAAUGGCGACGGCCAAAUGGUCUUUGAAGCUAGCUAACGCUUUUCAAAGGAAAAAGUACUUCUGGAACCGCUGUUCUCGACAGCUUUGUUUACCAUUACUAGCAUAAGUGCUACGCAUAUACAAGCAAAAUAUUUUGUAUAAUUUACUGGAGUUAAUGCAUUGCUUUCUGAAGCCGAGAACAAAACGUUAAAAUCCCUGCUUUCUGUGAAUGCACUACCAGGGGGACGUUACUUUUUAUUUUUUUAAUUGCUGUAAGUGACAGGCUUCCUGAUUGGUCACUGAUGGAGGUUGGGAGGAGCUUUGUUGAAAAGGACAAAAAAAAAAUACACUGCGCUUUACGGGAGAGAAUUCUAAAAGACUUCACCAUAAUUGCAAUGUCUUAAUUGUUUUCCAAAAAGUACCUGAAAUUAGUUUAGUUUCUGCCCUGAUUUGAAUUAUUUCAUGAAAUCGUGAAGGAGGCAUUGCCAUAAUAACCACGAUCCAACCAUGUCACGCCAAGUCCAAAACUUUUACGGAAGACUCCUUGUUAACUUAUAAAAACCUCACAAUAAUCACCGUUUUACAUUCCGUGAGGUUAGCUUCUUUUUUUUUUUUUUCUUCAAGAAAUAGUGGUGACUGUAUCGCCAUGGGAACAAUGAUCAAAACCGCUCCUUUACUUUUUUUUUUUUUUUUUAAUACAAACAACCCUCUGACCUUUGUGUCAAAUUCAGUCAGAAUGUUUCUCAGUUCACCAAUGCCAGUUUUCUCAUAGACCACUUAAACCAAAACCAAAACUCAAGACGAGUUGGUUCCGUUUUGUUUAUGAAUACUCUUUGGAUGUUUAAAAAAAAAAAAUGAUACUUCACCAUAUUCCCAAUGUCUGUUUGAUUUAAUCCGGGUUUUUUUCAUAAAACAAUGUAAUGGAAGCUGCAUUCUGCUUUAAUGCGACUUAUUCCAUGUGGAGAAGACUGCAUCGCCAUGGUAACCACGAUCAAAACAGAAGAUGCAUUAAUUAGUUCCAUUGCUGUCACAAUGGUGCUUGAUGCUUAGUGAGGCUAGUUUCCUUUUUGACCAGUUAUUUUGUGAAAUUGUUAAGGCCAGGUCCAUUCCGUUGCGAACGCUUAUGAAAAAUGUCUGAGAGGUUAAAUCGUAAUAACAUAAUCACAAAUGUCGUUUUUAAUCAAGGUUCCCUGAAGCUUUUUUUUUUUUUUUAAAUGAGGUAAAGGAAACCAGUUAGCAACGAUAGCUCCCGUUUCAAUGCAACUUUUUUUUUUUUUUUGUGUCAACCAGGAUGUUUGGCCACUUGUAACGGUCAUAAAAAUUUUAGAAAGGUCAGAUUUCCUGGCAACUCCUAUGAAAAGACUCGCGGGAAAUGAAAUCAUAAAACUGGACUGGAAUUAUUAUUGCUAUGUUUAACGCCUCUUAAGUUGACAACAUUGAGCUAGUUUCUGACUUGAUUUCACUUUUUUUUUUGUUAAAGUUGUAAAGCGUGUAUCCUUAUUGUAACUGCAAUCAAAACGAGACAAGCCUCUCAGAUAUUGUAAACGUUUCAUCAGAAUCGCAAUGUUGCUGUACACAUUUAGGUCUGAUCCUUUCAAUCUGGCGAUGCUAACCUCCUUUGUCGCAAUUUUUUUUCUUCCGUUUUGUAAAUAAUCUUUGCUUUUCCCAGUGACAAGAGGUGAAUCAGCCAAUUGCUCAGAACGGAGGGGUAUGGGGGAAACAAAAACACUAAAAUUGUGAUCCUUUUUAGUUCUACUUCUGUUACGUAUUUAUUUCUUUUUUUGAUGAGCCACUAACCUGAUGAGCCUGAAACACACACAAAGACACACACCUAUUCACAUGCCAUAUGCACACACACACACACACACACCCUGCACCUUACACAGCAACAGUUUUUUGUCAAAUUUUGUGCUAAAUUCUCAAUGAUCUUGGUAGAGAGAAAAAGCCUUAAUGUUUUAUUGUUUUUUUUCAAUCAUGUUUUUUUUUCUUUUUAAAUCUGUUCUCAAAUCAGUGCAGUAAUUUGGAUGGUGUUUUAAUAAACCAGUCAAUUGUGUGCGGCCUGUCUGGGGACCAGUUUGUGAUCUACAGACCGCGUGAACCGAGAGGCUGCCAAAUAAAAGAGGUGUCAAAUGCGA